GCUACGCUGUUCGUGAAGAGGUGGAACUUUCAUUCCAGUUGUAAGGCCAGGCGGUUGCAGAAGGAAGGCGCAGCCGUCGAAGCUUCGAAGAAAGGAGUCGAGGAGAAAGUGAGGAGCUCUGGGGACACUCUGAUCACCAUGGAGGACGGUAUUUAUGUCCCUCCAGACCUGACGCCGGAAGAGAGGGUUGAGCUGGAGAACAUCCGUCGGCGUAAGCAAGAGUUGCUGGUGGAAAUCCAACGGCUACGAGAUGAGCUGAGUGAAGCCAUGAAUGAAGUGGAGGGGCUGGAAGCCAAUGAGGGAAGUAAAACCCUUCAGAGGAACCGAAAGAUGGGGAUGGGCCGCAAGAAAUUUAACAUGGAUCCCAAAAAAGGAAUCCAGUUCCUGGUGGAAAAUGAACUGCUGCGUUCUACCCCCGAGGACAUUGCCCGCUUCCUUUACAAAGGAGAAGGACUCAACAAGACAGCCAUUGGCGACUACUUGGGCGAGCGGGAGGAUUUUAAUAUCGCUGUGCUCCAUGCCUUUGUUGACUUGCAUGAAUUUACUGAUCUCAACCUUGUGCAAGCACUCAGGCAAUUCCUGUGGAGUUUCCGAUUGCCAGGGGAAGCUCAGAAAAUUGACCGUAUGAUGGAGGCCUUUGCCCAGCGGUAUUGUCUGUGCAACCCGGGGGUCUUCCAAUCCACAGAUACUUGUUAUGUCCUCUCCUUUGCUGUGAUCAUGCUGAAUACGAGCCUCCACAACCCCAACGUCCGCGAUAAGCCUACAGUCGAGAGGUUCAUCACCAUGAACCGUGGCAUCAACGAUGGGGGAGAUUUACCUGAGGAACUGCUGCGGAACCUGUACGACAGCAUCCGUAAUGAGCCCUUCAAGAUCCCCGAGGAUGAUGGGAACGACCUGACACACACUUUUUUUAACCCCGACCGCGAGGGCUGGCUCCUCAAGCUGGGAGGGCGAGUGAAGACGUGGAAGAGACGCUGGUUCAUCUUGACUGACAACUGCCUCUAUUACUUUGAAUACACUACAGAUAAGGAGCCAAGAGGAAUCAUUCCCUUGGAAAAUCUGAGUAUCCGAGAAGUGGAAGACCCGCGGAAACCAAACUGCUUUGAGCUCUACAUUCCCAACAACAAAGGGCAGCUAAUCAAAGCCUGCAAGACUGAGGCAGACGGGCGUGUGGUUGAAGGGAACCACAUGGUUUAUCGAAUCUCAGCACCUACGCAGGAGGAAAAGGAUGAGUGGAUCAAAUCCAUCAAGGCUGCUGUGAGCGUGGAUCCUUUCUACGAGAUGCUGGCUGCCCGCAAGAAACGGAUCUCAGUGAAGCAGAAGCCAGAGCAGGCAUGAGGUGGGGAUUCUCUUGCACCUGCCAUCUCUCUCCUUCCCCCUUCACCUCUCUGUGUCCCCUCCUGCAUCCCCUCUUGGACUUGCUGACAAACCCACCUGGGUUGAUCUCCAUGAAACCAGUUGGCUCUCUUUCUUCCUUGGGCCACUCACAGUGUUGCCAGUCUGACAACAUUCCUGCCAGCACACCAGGUGCCCCCUUCACAUUUCCAGAGCUUCAACUCGACCUACAGGGAUUUGCCUGUGGACAACUGUCAUCCAAUGGUAUCUGCAAAGUAUGGAGGCAUCAUUUACUGGUGAUGGCAAUUUUUCUUCUCUGAAGAGGCCCUCAGCAGUUGCAGGUGAAAGUCUCUGUGCUGGUUUACGCCAUUGGGACCAUGAGGACUACUAAUGUGGAACAUGUUCAGAGAACAUUUCCUGACUGAUAGAAUUAUUCCUGUUCAAGUCUCCCAGCUUAAAGCCAAUUGACUCCUUCAACAACAGAACAUCCACACUUACAUCAAGGCUGUGAGGGACUCGGCUAGCUUACUUUCUGGUAGGCUAGCUUUGUGGGAUUUUUAAUUCCCACACUCGUUCUGUUUCUUUAUUUCCUGAGCCUCAUCCCAAUGUUGGUAGAGCAAUGAGAGUGCACAAUAUUUUCAGUUCCUAUGGCCACACUUGGUGUGAGACCGGGACUGCACAUGCAUACAUUAGUGUACACUUAUACACUGCAUAGUGCAGGGUUCUUUUAUACAUCGACUGAGAUCUGUGUAUCAACAGGGAAGAGAAGUGGAAGCUGGUGGUUUCCCUGUCAGUGGGAUAGAGAAUCCAUUCUCUAGUUUUUCUCUGAAUUUCUAGGAGCUUUACCAGAUGCUCUUCCCAACAUGGUUUCCACAUCUUGGAUAGUGUGUUUAGAGAUCAGACUAAAACCUGGUGCGUUUAUUGUCCCACUUAAAAGGAAGCCACCAGUCAAUGCAGAAUGGGAAACAAAACAUCUCCCAUAGCACUCAAGUGAGAAGGUGAAAAACUGUGGCUCAUUCUACUCAAUUAUGACUGGGAUGUGGUGGAAAGUGGAUUUUGCCCCAAAGGAGCCUUUGGCCCCUUCUUAAAGUACAGAAUUCCCCUUAUGAGUCUGUUGCCAAACCAUUUACACUGUGUAUCCAGGGAAUUGAGAUUCUCACUCUUACUUGCUAAUAUGAGCAAGGGCUCUAUGUACACUCUGACUUGGGCUUUGGUUUACAAAGAUAAGCAUACCAGCAACCAGCAGAGGACAGAAGAGGCCCAGACAACCAGCACACCCACUGACACAGUAUUGAACACUACCUUAGUUCCUCCAGCAGGAAUUGCCAGCACAGCAGCGCAACUGACAGCCUUGAUACUUCGCAUCCAAGAACAGGGUCAGGAACCGUCAGGUCCUUUUAACUCUUAUCUCCUCAAUGUUGAAAUACACACACACGCACCCCACAGCUCUUGCAGAUUCAGCCGAAGAUUACCUCUGGAACCCAUCUUGUCUCUCUUCUACUUGAGGUCUAUGAUCAAGAGAACUGGAGCUUUUCUCUGCGGUUAAUCCAGGAUGUUUCCAUUGCUUUACAGAGGAAUCUGAUUAUACUGACAUUAUAAUCGGCAUAAUACACUGGUCAGGAUCUGCCCCUGAUCCAGUGGUACAUGUAAGGGGUGGGGGAUGACCGCGUUUUUUCUAUAUGGAAUUGAAAUUGGGAAAAAAUCCACUCCGUCAAUGAUUUGAAAGUUUUCCCUUCUGGCCCCAAACCAAAGGGUUUAGCACCCAUACAGAUGAGGCAAUUGCCGUGUUUAGUCUUUUGCUACUUUAUAAGCAUUAGCUUCUGAAUUGUUAAAAUGUUGGAAUUUACCAACAUUUCGACUUUUUGCUGAAACUUGCAGCUAGGAUUAACAUCUGUGUUGGUUGUCCAGGAAACAAGUAAGAUUGCUGAAUAUCUUAACCCAGAAAGAUGGUGACCUAGCUCUCAGCCAAAGACUGCUAAAUUAAUGUGUAGUCUGUGUUGCCACAAUUUUUCUCACUUGUAAAUUGAACUUUGGUUGUCUGCCACUGCCUUGCCUAAGAUGGUCCCAAUUGCUCAAGUUCUGCAGGAUACGUGCAAAUCAGUUUGUCACAAAGCUCCGAUCUUGCAAAGGGACUAAGCUCAUGAACAUGGCAGUAUAUUAGUCCAUGUGCAUUUCAGUCUGAUCAGGAUUCCACAUCUGCAGGAAAUCUUUUAAUAGCCAAUCCAAGUCUUGUCUGAUUUAAACUUUAAACACCAAUAAUUCUAAGCGUCACACAUCACUCUGAACUAGUUUUUUCUUAAUCAAAAUGACAGUUGUUACUCAUUUUUCCAUAUAGAAGAAACAAAGACAAAGCAACAGUAGACAGCAAAGAAAGAAAACGGUUUCAUGUUGAUCAAUUAUUAGCCUGUUAGUGCAGGAAGGAAAGAGGACUACUACAUUUGGGAACUGAUAUGGAAAGGUCCAAACUUUUGUCUAGCUAGAACAGGCAUUUUAAACAUGUUGCUCCUGACACGAAAAAAAAAAAUGUCUGCUCAGAAUUUACUUACAUUAGUAUAUAACUGAUUCUGCUAGACAUGUCCCCCAUUUAAGUUAUUUUACGGUGCUAAAAGGAGCUUGGAAAUACCUUUUCAAUGUUGGAAUACAUUCAUUAUUGUAGUUUGCUAGCCUGGCUACUGAACAGAAGGAGACAGCAUUGUGUAUCCUACAAUUUUUUUGUUGGAUCAACUAGAACAGACAUGGGCAAACUUCAGCCCUUCGGGUGUUUUGGACUGUUAGGAAUUAUGCAAGUUGAAGUCCAGAACACCUGGAGGACUCAAGAUUGCCCAUGCCUGAACUAGACCUUGUGAAGGUCACUUGUCUCCCAACAGUUUUCAACAUUGUUCUUGUCCUAGAAAUCACAAAAUAAUAACAGCCCCUUCUGUACUACAGUUGGCCUUCAUAUCUGCAGGUUCCUCAUCCAUAGAAUCAACUGACUGGAUUGAAAGACUUGCCUCAGUGAGCAAAUUCAUAGUUGUGGCUGGCCAUGUGCUUGUGAGAGAAAGAGAUGGCAAGACCAGCAGAAGUUUUGGGGGCUUCCAGGAGACACUGCCAUUUUUAGUAAGACUUGAUCAUUGCAGGUUUUGGUAUCUGGAGCCAAUCCUCUGGAUACUGAGGGCCUACUCAUUAAACUCCAUUCUAGGAAAUGCUAGAUACUAAACCCAUCUCCUCGCUCCAUUUAUUCCCACUAGGCAGCACUGCCUUUUCCACAAAUCGUAGACCAAUCUCCCUUUUGGAUCUUGGGUGAACUCCCAUCUCAAGGUUAAGGCCAAACAUUUAGAACACAUGUUUUAAUAAAAGCGAAUAAUUGUUCUUUUUGAAAAUUAUCUGGUUGAUAGCAAGUGGAAAGGUUUUCGCUCUUUUUCCCCUUACUUCAGCCAUAACUAAAAUUAUGUUCCCCAAAUCGCUGCUUGUAUUAGAAUAAAAGUUCCAGUCAUGAACUGGAGAAGUACUUUUUGUUCAAAGGAAUUAAAGUAACCUUUUUUCCAUUUUGAAAACAGGUGGAAUUUAAUUUAAAGUGUACAUGUUAUAUGCAAAUAUUUAUUUAAAGUCCCAUUUCCUCUGGCCCAAAGUAGCAUUUUUUUCCUGAUAACCUUUCUCCCAAACGCCACAAAGAGGUUCUGCUCCCUUCAAAAUCCAAAAUUUCUGUUUGGGAAAUUGGGAGGAAGUUCCUAUCCUAUUUGGUUUUAAAAACCUACUUUUAAAACAUAAGAGAACUGACAGUUGGAUGACUGGGCUCGUUGGAACGAUCCCUUCUUUCAGCCUUUCAGAGUUAGUUUUAUGUUGCUCAGCAAUAUCGAAAGCAAACCAUUCCCCACUUCCCAUUGUGGAUUUGUAUACCUUUAUUGUGUGGUGGGAUGUGGGGAAAUUUUACAAACCCCUCACCUGUUCCAGAAGGAGAAAAAAAAGGAAGGGCAUUUAUUCUUGGUUUUAGAAUCCAUUUCAAAUGAUAUCUGUUUUUUAAAGAAGAAAUGUUAAUUAUUAUUUAAGAUUUUAUUGUAUGCAUCUCUGGAUGAUAUAUAAACACUACAGACUUGUCUAGA